AGAAAUUUACGAUGGAGUGCCUUUUUCUCAGAUAUUUUUUGCUUAGCGUUUUGCUUAAGAGCGCCGUAGCAAUACUACCAAAAGAAGUGUGCCUCCUUCAGCUGGAUGAGGGACCAUGUCGUGGAGACGUUACCCGUUAUUACUACAACACUGUUACACAGCAGUGUGAGGAAUUCAGUUAUGGUGGUUGUAUGGGCAAUGCAAACAAUUUCAAGUCAUUUGAGGAGUGCCGUAAAACAUGUUGGAGGAUACCAAAGAUUCCCCGGAUCUGCAGAUUCCCAGCGGAGGUGGGGCCGUGUCGCGCCAGUUUCAAAGUUUACUUCUUUAACAUGACUUCUAUGCAAUGUGAACCAUUCAUUUAUGGUGGCUGUAGUGGCAACGAAAAUCGUUUCCAAAGUUUCCAGUCCUGUAUGGAGUACUGCAGUCCUUCAAAAGCUACUCCAGUGCUCUGUCUGGACCCUCUGGACAAAGGAACAUGCUCAGCAUCCAUUCCUCGUUACUACUACAAUAAGUCCACAAAGAUGUGUGAAGAGUUCAUUUACUCUGGAUGUGGAGGGAGCAGCAACAAUUUUGUCUCCAGGCAGAGCUGUAUAGAUGUUUGCGGCAGAGGUGGGAAAAUUUGGAAACGGAAGACGAAAGUAGACACCAGACGAGUUAGAUACCCUAUCAGAAGGAAACUUGUCCGAUCUACGUUGCACUAGUUGGCUGUCGUUAUCUUUUUGCUGCAUGCAGUCAUAAAGCUGUCACACUGUAUAUAAGACUUUGGAGUAACCAAAGUUAACUUUACAUGCACUAAAUCUGAAUGUUCAGAUGUGAAGUUAACCUAAGAGUAAAAUGUUUCUCUUUCUUCAGCUCAAUGUGAACUCACAGUACUUACUGUAUAUUAUUUAGCAAGUUAUUAACAACAGUAUUACCUUUAAAAUGAUUUCCACAAAAUGUUAAUAUAAUGUACAUUCACCCAUAAUCAGGUAGAUAUUACAUCAUAAAAAUGCUAUUUUAAAGAGUCGGCGUUAAGUGAAUCAUGCCUUUCUAUUAUAUUGUAACAUUUGACAAAAAUCCAGAAAGCUGGUUUGCUAUGUUUUUCCCCCCUUUGUCUUUUUUUUUUAAUUAUUUUUUUGCCAAAGGGUCGUCUGCUGAUUUCCAAUUGUUGCACCUCAUAUU